CGACGGAGACGUGGGUGUUAAAAAGGCCUUAUCCACGCUGUCACGUCAGCAGCAUAUACUCGGUAUUCUACUUAUCCCCGCCCACAGUUUUCUCGGUUCCACCUUCUUUCUCCCAUCGUCCCCCUUCGGUGUUUGCAACCAAUAUUUUUCCUAAUCCAUUUCUUGAUUUCCUCUCAUCAAUGCUUAAUCCUAAUCCCUUAAAACCCACUCAACAACUCGAUGAAUCGGUCUCUUUAUUCUCUUCUUGACCCAUCGAAACCGUUUAUUCCAUCGUUUCCAGAUCCUAGUGCACAAUUUUAGCCUAGUUUCUCGUUUGGGUUCUUUCAAAUUGACGAGUUUUGAUACGAAAUCGUAUCUUUUGGUGAAUGUACGAGGCUUCGAAAUCGAAUCUCAGAUUGUGGUGUAUUGAUUGAUAACCUAAUAUUUGGUGAAUUCAAGUGUGCUCUGUUCUGAUCGGUGGGUCUGCUUUCAAGUUGAAUUAAAUUCAUAAAAACUGAAUCUUGAAAAAAUUUCAAGGGUUUCUUGGUUUGAUUUCAAGUUUUGAGUAUGGUGGCUAUAAAAAUUGGGAUGCUUCACUAUGUAUUGGACCAUGUAUAUGGUGCAUUCAUGCACAGAACAAAACUAAGCACACCGUUCUUUUCAAGAGGAUGGGGUGGCACAAAGCUUGAUCUUUUAGAACGAAUGAUUCGACAGAUUUUCCCAGUAGUUGAAGGCCAAAAUUGGCCUCCAAGAUUGAUUCAACCCGUUUGGAAAACAGUUUGGGAAACCAAAAGUGCUUGUUUGAAAGAAGGUGUUUUCAGGACCCCUUGUGAUGAACAACUUAUCAAUGCAUUGCCUCCUGAGAGUCACAUUGCAAGAGUUGCUUUUCUAGCCCCAAAAUUUGUCCCAACUCACAAAAUGGCUUGUGUUGUUCAUCUCGCAGGUACUGGGGACCAUAGUUUUGAGCGAAGGUUGCGACUUGGUGGGCCACUUUUGAAGGAAAAUAUAGCAACAAUGGUUCUUGAGAGCCCUUUUUAUGGACAAAGGCGCCCAUUUCUGCAAAGUGGGUCAAAAUUGUUAUGUGUGAGUGAUUUGCUGUUAUUAGGAAGAGCUACCAUUGAAGAAGCACGCAGUCUCCUACAUUGGUUGGAUUCUGAAGCAGGUUUUGGUAAAAUGGGCGUUUGUGGUCUAAGCAUGGGUGGAGUACAUGCUGCCAUGGUUGGAUCAUUACAUCCUACACCUAUUGCUACAUUUCCAUUUCUAUCCCCGCAUUCUGCUGUUGUGGCAUUCUGUGAAGGGGUAUUAAAGCAUGCAACAGCAUGGGAAGCACUAAGAGAUGAUCUUUCAGUGCAUAAUGCUGGUAUGACACUUGAUGAAGUAAGAGAGCGGAUGAGAAACGUAUUGUCUCUCACAGAUGUCACACGUUUCCCAAUACCCAAAAACCCUGACGCUGUUAUUCUUGUUGCAGCCACUGAUGAUGGAUACAUACCCAAACACUCAGUGUUGGAGGUGCAAAGAGCUUGGCCAGGAUCUGAAGUGAGAUGGGUGACAGGUGGACAUGUGUCAUCGUUCAUUCUUCACAAUGGGGAGUUCAGAAGAGCCAUUAGAGACGGGUUAAACAGAUUACAGUGGAAGGAGUCUCCUUUAUGAUAUUGUCAGGUGUGAAUGAAAAGACAAACAAGAUACUAACCUGUAAAGUUGAUACAAAACAGGAAGGAAUAGAUUUGUCUUGUACAUUGUUGUGCUGAGUGGUUUGAUUUUAACAAUUUGAUUAUCUUCAUUUGAUUUUAAAUGAUUUAGUCUUUGUAACUCCUGUAAUUGAUAUAUUAUUUUGGUUUUGUUUUAAUCAAAUUAACUAGGAUAUUGCUGAAAUUAAAGAUCAAAAUGACAAAUAAAAUGUCUGUCUUUGCAGUUUUUGUUGA